CUUUCUCUCAUUCCCUACUCAUCCACUCCCCUUCUCAUCUCUCUCCCCCACAAUCUCUCUGCAUCAGAAAACAAAACAAACACAAUGGCGCUUCUACAGCUCCUCUUUCUCGUACUAAUCUCUCUCUCUAGCUUCACAUUCGCAACCAGAACUCUCAACGCACUCGUUGAGGACCCCUCCAGCCAGCUGCAGUACCACAACGGCCCACUCCUCGCCGGAAAAAUAUCCGUUAAUUUGAUCUGGUACGGCAAGUUCAAGCCGGCUCAGCGAGCGAUCAUUUCGGAUUUCGUGACGUCACUCACCUCCGCUUCAUCUUCCUCGAUGGAGCCCGCGGUGUCGACGUGGUGGAAAACAACCGAGAAAUACUACAAUCUUGCAAAAUCCAACAAGAAGUUCACAAACCCCGGCUUAUCUCUGAAACUUGGGAAACAAGUCAUCGAUGAAAAGUACACUCUCGGAAAAUCGUUGUCGCAGAAACAAAUUAUCACUCUCGCUUCGAAAGGCGAGGAUCGAAACGCAAUCAAUGUCGUUUUAACGAGCUCCGAUGUCGUAGUUCCCGGCUUCUGCUCAAACCGAUGCGGAAGCCAUGGGUCAUCGUCUCUCAAUCAAUUAAAUUCGAAAGUAAAAAACUCAAAAGCAAAGAGCUACAAGUUCGCUUACAUCUGGGUCGGAAACUCCGAGACCCAAUGCCCCGGCUACUGCGCCUGGCCGUUCCACCAGCCCAUCUACGGCCCACAAGCCGCUCCCUUAGUUGCCCCCAACAACGACGUGGGCCUCGACGGAAUGGUGAUCAACUUAGCCGCUUUAUUAGCCGGAACCGCCACGAAUCCGUUUGGAAACGGGUUCUACCAGGGCACGGCGGAGGCGCCGCUCGAGGCGGCGUCGGCUUGCACCGGUGUCUACGCGAAGGGGGCGUAUCCGGGGUACGCCGGGGACUUGUUGGUGGACGCGACGACGGGGGCGAGCUAUAAUGCGCAUGGGGCGAAUGGGAGGAAGUACUUGGUUCCGGCGUUGUUUGAUCCGGCGACGGCGGUUUGUUCCACUAUAGUUUGAUGAAGAUGAAGAUGUAGAAGCGGGGGAUAGAUGGUCCAAAUAUUCGUUUAUUUUUUUGUUGUUACUGUGAUGAUGUAUGGUUCGAGAUGGAAUGAAAGAGUAAACUGGUUCGGUUUGCUUUUGUUAAUUAAAUGAGAUAAGAUUUAUAUAUUGCUGCCA